GAGCUGGUGCCAGAUAAUUUAAUGUUAAUUUCUCUACCAUAAACUGCUUCCCAAGUCGUUUUACACACAGACCAUGUGGAACCACGCCAGCCCAGAACUUCCACAUCCGGCUUCACCUGCGUGAUUGUCUGAGGGGAGGUGGGGGGCACAACAAUCUGAAACGCAACCAAAACUACUCUUAACUGCUUAGUGUGCUGCAUACAGCUCCAUGCAGAUCAGGUCCCCAUCUGACUCCUGUAUUCCACCUGUAUUAUAUUUUGCUGUAUUUGGCAUCUUUAACAAUAUCUAAGGUGGACGAGAAAUGGUCUACUGCCAGUCAUCUAGAAGAGAAAGAAAAGCACACCUAUUAAGACGAGGUGCUGGCUAGCGGAGUAGAAACUCAGAUGCAAAAAUUUUAAUACCAAUGUUUCGACAGCCAAGCUGUCUUCAUCAGGGUAUAAUAAUUCAUGACACAGCAGUGACAUCUUGUGGAUAAAUUGAUUACAAUAUUUAAUUUAGUACACAUUUUCUCUUAGGUGGUUGAAAAUGGCAUCUUUACAGACAAUACCACUUACAAAUACAUUUUUUUCCAGAAUAUCUACUCAAAGGUUAAAAAAUAAGUACAUAAAUAUGAAACAGUUGCCAGGGAAUUUCAAGUCAUGGUGUCCACUAAAAAUAGUUUCACCUUGCAACAUUGCAUAGUCUGGCAGUCCAAACAGUGCCUGGUCAAAUAUCCCUGUCCAGUGUCCACUCCACACAGUGCUGGUUGGGGGAGGAACUCGACCCCUUUUCCCCUGCUCCUACUUCUCUCUUUGUGCCUGUAUCUAUCUCCCUGGAAAAUGAAAUAUGCUAAUAACAGAGAUAUGAAGCACCCUCUAGUAAGGAUGAGAAACGUUCAUUCCCAGUCCUCUCUGGGGAGUGACACCGACUCGCAGCCUGUCCUGAAAGAAGAGGAAGAGGAAGAGGUAACACUAGAGGAGGAUAAAGAGACAGAAGAGGAGAAAGAAGGGGACGUAUUGACGGACUCAGAGCUGGAUCCUGAGUUGCCUGAGGAGUAUUCCCAUGGCCUGGAGGACCUGAGGUGGAACCUGAGCUCUCUAGAGAAGGCUGUAUAUCUCAGCCUGCCACCGUGGGUCCAGAGAGCAUUGCUGUGCAACCUCAUGGCUAAAUGUGGUGUAAACAACUCAUUCUUCCCAGCCCGUCUGCUGUCCUACCUGCUGCUGCCCUACAUACUGCCAGCCUCUAUCUUUCUCCAUGUCAACUACAGGGUGCUGUGUUGGCUCCGCCAAGUUCCAGGGAAGUGGCUAUGGCCGGGUGUGGAAAUGGCUGUGCCAUUCCUUCUAAAGCUCUCUCACCCCAGGAAGAACCUCAUGCACAGGUUGUGGCCCUCUGGUCCUGUCAGAUUUUGGCCCGGUGGUCCUGCCAGGUUGUGCCCCUGCAAUCCUAUCAGGUUGUCGCCCUACAAUCCUGUCAGGUUGUGGCCCUUCAAUCUUAUCAGAUUCUGGCCCCUAUGCUUUCUGGCAUCUGCCAAAGAAACACAUACACAGUUUAAGAGUGCAGAGAAUCCUCCUCCACAGCAGCGCCGUCGCUCUGUCCUGCGGUUCCAGCUGUCCACCACCAGCACCCAUUACACAACCGAGACCCCCAACACCCCAACCGAGAGCCACCUUGACCCCCUGGGCUUCUCCCUCCUCUUCAACCUGGAACUAGCGAUGGACAACCAGCCCAAUCAGCCCAACCACCAGUCUCUACUCCACCAAAGCGAGAGGCUGCUGCCACUGGAGUAUAGCCCCUGCAUAAAGGAAGAGGCCAUGGCCUCCCCACACAUCCCCUACAUGGGGGUGGAGGAAGAGGAGGAGAGGAUGUCUCAGGGAGGGGAUGAGGUAGAGGAAGGGUUAGCUCUCCUCCGCAGGCUUCCUGUGGAGUGUGCCAAUACUGGCUACUAACCAUGUGACUUUAUCGGGUCACAUGGUUGGGAAUGUGAUUUUCUCAGCAAAUGAAUAGCAGACCUAAGUCUGCCUGUAUCCAAUUCACAACUAGUUUGUACUUUGAAGUAUAAUGUAUGUUGAACCCGAUUAGUGAAGUCGACUCUCAUGUGCCGCAUGAGGCAGUAAGCACAAAAGCUCUCUUUCUGCUACGCUCUUCCAUUCUCACUCCAGGAUUGACAAUGACUGGAAGGAAUGAUGAUUAGGCUAGAGUCCCUCUUAGUCACGUCACAUAGUCAAAAUAAUUCCCUCAUGUCCCUUAUCAGCUGACUUCCAGGUAAAGUAGUACUUAUAUUAUAUUAGAUGUAUUUUAUGAAAUGGUAUAUGCAGCGCUUGAAAGAGACACUGGUCUCAAUGGUGACUCCCUGAUUAAAUAAAGGUAAAUAAUGUCCACAGGACAUGUAUUACACCUCAACUAGUUUAAUCAGAUUACGUUCAGGUAUUUGAUCGUGGGUAUUGUUCAUCAAGUGAGUGGCAGUCCUAUGAGUGGGGGGCUACCCGGCAGAGAUGAGAAUAUCAUCUUGAACGGAAAACUCCAUUCGCCCACUGGCGGUAGGAAUUUACAGCCUCGGGCACAAGAAAGACGGCAAAUAGCAAGCAGGACAUUUUUUCCUAUCUGGUUACUAUCAGUAUUUGAUAGGAUCCUAGUAAACACCAUUAAUUUGUUAGCUGACUAGUAAUACCUUUGGAUUGAGACAAUGUUAAGCCUUUUCACCUUGACCAACUGUUUUGCUGAGGUUGAGUGGAACUUAGUUCAUUUAAAUAAAAGUAAUUAU